UUAAAGGAUAUCUUCCUACAAUUGAGCUACCGCACUGGAUUGAUUUUGGAGUUUGUGCUUGUAAAGUUGGCAAUAAUUACCGUGCAAAUAGUAUUAUUAACCUUGUACAUAAUCCUAUAUCAUCUGCUGGAAACUGUGAAUUAGCAGAAGAA